AUGUCAACUGAACCGGCCCUCCAGUCCCUUCAAAAUAAAUUAAAAGAAAAUUGCUACCGAGACGUCGGCGGCUUCUUCAGAUACUUCGAGGAUCAGAGUUGGUCUGCUACUGUCCAGAAUAUCCUCCACCGUCCCGAGACAGCCGACCUGGUUGAAGAAUUGUCCGCAAGUCUCUGGGAUCUGCGUCGCUUGGAUGCUAUGGACGAGUGGUUUGCCACCUUCCAGUCCUUGUUCUUCGCCGCAGAUCAUCCAACCGUUCGCCUGAGAAGCGAGCCCAUCAUCACUUCGAGUUCAUCAUACCAAGCUAGUAUUCAUAUCGGUUCUCAUCAUUUCUCAGCCGCCUCUGGCAGCACUCGUAUCUACGGCGAAUACCAUCACGGCGCUGCGCCGAUUUCGUCGACCGACGACGACGACUUUUUGCGCUUCGCUGAGCGUGCACUUCGCGUCUUCAACGCACAGCCAGCUCGCUACUUCCUACAUGCAUUCUUGAUCCGCGGCAAAACCCUGGAACUCUGGGUCUUCGACCGUUCCGGCGCCUACAGUAGCGGAGUGCUGGAUAUCGCACGCGACCCCAACCUCCCGCUGCGCGUCUUGGCAGGUUAUGGCAUGAUGAGCGACCAAGAAUCUGGCAUGAAUAUGCUCAUCAAAAGUCUCGGCCCUGGAGACGUCGGGCGGGGAACCGUCUGCUUUGCUGCCUCAGCAUCUGCGGCCACGGAGCCGACCAUUGUCGUCAAGUUUUCUUGGCGGGUUGACACCACUCCUGUGGAGCUUCGAGUGCUUGAGCGAGCCCGUGACCGCAAGGUCUGGGGAGUCCUCCGUCUUCUAGAGUGCAAGGACCUGGUUAACGUCGCCGAUCUUCGCCAUGCACUUGACUUCCCUAGGCUAUAUGUCAACCGGACUCUGUCUUGCGUCAUAACCGAGCCUCUCGGCCGUCCUAUUCGCCAGUUUGUGUCGCUUUAUGAGCUUCUAGAGGUAUUCCGUGAUCUUGUCAAGGCCCUCAAGUCUCUCUAUAUAGAUGGGAGUAUUCUCCACCGCGAUAUCGCCAUAAAAAAUCUGGUCAUUGCUACGAAGUACAACGAGGACACUUCCAAGGGCAUCUUGAUCGACUUUGAUUUGGCGUUGGAUCUCGACGAGGCUCCCGCCGUGCAACAGAUGGUCGGGUCGGAUGGGUUUAUGGCCAUUGGAAUUCUCAGUGGACAACCGCAUACGUACCGACAUGAUCUUGAGUCUCUAUUCUACGUGUUUCUGUGGCUAGCCAUCGGCAAUGACUGCGAGCACGAUCAUGCUCAUGAAAUUCUGCAAACCCUGCCCAAGACAUCUCGGCUUUGGAAAUGGUGCUCGAUGGACUUCAACGAUGUUCGACAGGCCAAGGUUGCUGACAUGAGCCCGGACGGCUUUGAGCAUAUCCUGAAUGAGUUUUCAGCCAGAUUUGCCCCGUUGUGCGGGCUAGCAACCGAGCUGCAUCGGUUGAUCUUUCCCAUUCGCGACGGUGGCAUCUUUACGAAAACCGAGACAGACCAAGCAGCCGUCGAGCGGCUCUAUCAGGGAAUAGGUGAUGCUUUCAACCAUUCCAUCCUCGCACUCAAGGACUAG